UGUUCCUUGCUUUGUCCAGUCAUUUUCGUCAAGCACUCGUUUUUUGUCUUUCAGUCACUCUUUUAGCAUUGGAUCACGGCGCAACGAUCAACAAAACUACCUUCACAAGCAUAUCUGAGACGUCAGUCGAUAUACUGAAUCAUAAGACCUGAACAGCAAAUACGUCUACACCAUACAUCAUAUAUCACAGCAGCUUCAGGCGAGCAAUUGUAGACUUUCUUUCAAACUGCCUCCCCGCAUAACAAACGUCUCAACUCUACAACAUUAGCAAUGUCUACCAACGAGCCGAUAAGAUUUGGAGACUUCUUCUCAGUGGCGAGAUCCACUCAUGUGGUCGACGGUGCCUGUGCUCGAAUUGAAAGUCUUGCCGCUAUCAAAGAUCUUCGAUGGUUCUGCACGUCAUGGGCUGCCCCGAAACUGUCUCCUGAGGAGAGUGAGCGACUACACAAAACCCUCUACCACGAACCGGCAAAAGAGAAGGAUGGUGGUCUGAAGAAGAGGGCUCUGUACAUUGGAUCAAGCACCCUUACACGCGCCAAAGUCUACGUCAUCUUCCCACACGCUGACCGCGAUAUACGUACCGACGACGAAUUCCUCAGGAAAUGGCACGAUCUCGUCGUGAGACCUGCGUUCGAGCAGGCGUGGCGACAGGGCUGGGAUGGCAAACGCGGUAUUCCACGUGUACCCAAGCAGUACAAUGCCAUGAAACACGACAGCGUGGCUGCCGGCAAACGGCUUCAUGAAAAGAACCCAAAGACUUGGCCUGAACCUUUCAGUCAACCCUUGGAGGUGGAAUGGCCAUCAGAGUUUACCCUUGCGUCAAUAAACCCUUGGGAUGAGUGUCUUGACUUGGCAUGGAAGUCAAUGUGUGACACAGUCGAAGACAACGUGGAUCUGUACGAAAUGCAGGGCAUGUUCCUGGCAAUUACGACCCCUGGCUUCCCAAAGGGUGGAAGGACGCCGCAGGAGGCCUUCGAACACGCCAGCAAACAUUGGGAUACCAGUUUUGAGCCUACUUACAUGGACUUGGAGUGCUUCAACAUCUUUUACAAAACGAUCUCCGCCGUAGGUCCUGCGAAGAGCAAGUUCUGGGGAAGUGGAUAUUUCAGCUGAACAUACGCUGCCGCCUUCGUUCUUCAGUUUUGAUUAUGACAGGUGUUUUGGUAUGGUGGUUCUUCUCGGCAUUUGAUUUCAGACUUCAGAUUGCAAUCUUCUACCUGCAUGGCAGGGCUUCUA